AUGCCACUGCAAGUGUUCGAACGAUCAGUGACUCAACGUGAUGAUAUUCCAUCGGCGCGAAGUAGUCAUUCGUUGACAGCUAUCGAUAAUCAUUUGUAUUUAUUCGGUGGUGAACAUGAUCCACGUGCGCCCAUCGAUAAUGAUGUUUGGCAAUUUAGUGUAACUGAUAAUCGUUGGAAACGUUUGCCAGUUAAUGGAGAUGUGCGCCCAUCAUCGAGACUUGGACAUGCAGCGGCUGCUGUAGAUCAUAAGUUAUUUAUUUUCGGUGGUCGUACAUCGGUAAGUAUGAAAGAUAAUACUCUAGACGAAUUAUAUUCAUUUGAUGUUGAUCUUAAUGCGUGGACACAAUAUCGGAAAACAUCAGACACUGACAAAUGGCCUGAAAAACGAAGUUACCAUUCAAUGGCUAGUCGUGCUCAUCAAUUAUUUGUUUUUGGUGGUUGCGGAGAAGAAGGUCGUUAUAAUAAUUUAUGGCAAUACGAUACUAAUAAUAAACAAUGGAAACAAUUACCGUUGCCAGAUCCUGAAAAAUGUGUAGCACGCGGUGGAUGUGGACUUGUUUAUCUCAAUAAUGCACUUUGGAUAUUUGGUGGCUUUUGUGGUAAAGAAUUAAAUGACAUAGCUAGCUUUGACCUUGUUACGAACACUUGGGCAUAUAUAAGUGAUGCGAAGAUUUCACCACGUAGUGUAUUUGCUUUUGGAUGCCUCGAUGGUGUACUUAUUGGACACGGUGGUGAACAAAAUCCUUCCGAUUUAGGUCACAGUGGUGCUGGUGAAUUUGCUGACGAUGUUGUUAUCAUUCAACAGAUGAAAGAAGAUGGUGAGUGUGUACUAGCAAAACGACUUGAAUUUCAAAAGCCAAUUGGUGGUAAACGAGGUUGGCAUGCUGGUGCAACAAUCAAAAGUACAUUCUAUGUUUUUGGUGGGAAUACAUCGGAAAAUGAACGUGAUAAUUCAUUACUUGCUAUUGAAUUCCAAUAA